AUGAUAGCAAAUGAAGAAUUGUUACCCUAUGCCAUCAUUAUCACAGCUAUCAUCUCGAUUUCCUAUUAUUACUAUCAGGAACAUAUAAUAUCUAGACAGAUUCUAAACCCUAAAGUUUUCAAAAGCUUUAAACUCAUCAAAAAGACACAUAUCUCUCAUGAUACCUCCAAGUAUCGUUUUCAAUUACCAUACCCGAAUGCUAUGUUGAAUCUGCCAGUCGGUCAGCAUAUCUCCAUCAUGGCAGAAAUUAAUGGUAAAAAAAUAUCGAGAAGCUACACACCUACAGCAGAGAGUAAGGGACAUUUUGAUCUGGUUAUUAAGUCUUAUCCUACCGGCAAUAUAUCUAAAUUGAUGGGUGAGCUCAAAGUGGGUGACUCUGUCGGUAUGCGUGGCCCCAAAGGAAACUUUAGCUAUAAAUGCAACAUGGUCCGGCACAUUGGUAUGAUUGCUGGGGGUACAGGUAUUACGCCCAUGCUGCAGAUUAUCCGACGUGUUUGCACGGACCCUGCCGACCACACCAAGAUAGACCUAAUAUUUGGCAACGGAACAGAGGACGAUAUUUUGUGUCGAGAGGAUUUAGAUCAAUUGGCCAAAGAGCAUGAUCAAUUUUCUGUACAUUAUGUGCUUGAGAAACCACCUGUGGGCUGGCAAGGAGAAGUAGGUUGGGUGACGAAAGAAAUGAUACAAAAGUACUGUCCAAAGCCAGCCAAAGACAUCAAACUUCUGUUGUGUGGGCCGUUAGGUAUGGUUAAAUCUAUGAUACAAGCUACAAAUGACCUUGGUUAUGAUAAACCAAGAGCGGUGUCCAAGCCAGAAGAUCAAGUCUACAAAUUUUGA